ACUCACAACCACGAAUUAAAAUAGUUCAUGUUGACAAGACGUCACCACGGGAUUACAGCCUACAGUACUUGAAUAGUUAAAUGUGAAUGUAUUAUGGAAUAGUUAGUGGUGCACACUGCACAGUCUCUGUUUUGAAAGUUUGAAACCCUAUCAAAAAUUAUUGUAAUAUAAUAUUAUAGUCAUUACUGCUUUUAUUUUGAAAUUUUUCCUACACCUAAAAUAAUUCAGUACUAUUGUUGUUUCUGAAAAUAUGGAAAGUUCCAUUCCAAUUGAAAUACAUGCUCAAAAACUAAGCGAAUGGCUAACAAGUAGAAAACACUGUAAAAAAGAUUGGCAUUCACACAUACAACCCAUAAGACAGAAAAUAAAUGUAGCUAUACAAGAUAUGCCUGAAAACAAUGAGAUUGUACAAUUGUUGUCUGGGGCAUAUAUCAAUUAUUUCUAUUGUAAACGUAUAAUUGAAAUAUUAAGAGAAACCGAAGCAGAUACAAAAAAUUUGUUUGGCUCAUAUGGAUCACAGAGGAUGAAGGAUUGGUUAGAAAUCGAAAGACUGUAUUUAAAAGACAAUGUUUACCUAGCUGAAGCUUGUGAUCUUCUUGUACAAAACAUCAAGUAUCAUAUACCCUCAGUCAAGAAGCAAAUAGCUAAAUUACAGUCUGGACAAACUGAUUGCGAUAAAAAAAUUGAAGAUUACACAAAAUCUAUUCAAACAUCUAAAAAAGAUUUGGAAACAAUGCGGAAACAGUUCUCCAUAGUUGGUGACAAUAACAGUUUUAAACGUACACUUAUAGGACGGUUAUGUGAACUUCAAAAAGUUUAUGAUGAUGUUAUGGAACAUAUAAAAAAUUUAAAGAAAGCCAAUACAUAUUUUUCUUUAUUUGUAGCAAAUAUUCUAGGUUCAGACAUUAAUUUAUCGAUGCUUCAAUAUAUUUUGAACAAUGGCAAUACUACCUAUUAUGAAUAUCUUUAUGGGGAAAAACCAAGUAAAAUAGAAGAGUCUGUACUAACAAUCGAAGAAGAUAUUAAAGACACCACUGCCGAUGAAGAAAUCGAUUGGGGUGACUUGGAGAACCCAUCUGAAGACAUUGAUUAUGGUAUUUCUCUAGAAGAAAGUGGAAUAGAAGUUGAAAAUCUACAAACUGAUGGUAAUAUUGCCAGAGGCAAUGAGGCUUUGACUUUAUUAGAUAAUUUUCAGACAAGAAAUGAAUUUAUGAAUGAUAUUUUAGAAUUAGAAUCAUUUUUAAGUAUGCGAUUGCUUGAAUUAUCAAAUGAAACAAAUUCUGCAUUGUCAGUCCAUUCUGAUGGAGAAAUCAAUGAAUCCAAACCUGAGAUAGCGUCCAUGUUGGAUAUUAUAAAAGUAGUCAAACAAAAGCUUAAUGAUCCAGUUGUCCAACAUUUACAGCAUAUUAAACAUUCACCAAGAUAUCUGAAUAAACUAGAGUCGAUGUUUCUUCAAAAAGUCAACAAUAUUGAGAAAAUGAUUAAUUCUCAAAUAGCAGUUACUAAUAAAAAAAAGGAGUUAGCUGAAGAAUAUAAUCAACUAGUUCCAAAAUUGAAGUUAAUACAACAAAAAAACAAGCAACUUAUAACUGAAAUCGAAUUUGAUGUAUCAAAGAAAUAUAAAAACCGUCCAGUUUACAUAAUCGGAGCAUCAAUAUUUGGAUCUUCAUAAUAAAUAAGUUAGUAAAACAACUGGAAGUUGAAAGGCGAUGUGUGUUAUAUGAUUUGGCUGUUUAUUAUAUUAUACAAUUUAAAUGGAAAUUGUUUUUUUUUUUUUGAAAUUUUAUUGUUCAUAAUAAAGUAUUUUAUAUUUUA